AUGGAAAGAGUCAAUGAAGAGAUUACAGAUCUACAUGAGAAUAUAGGUCAAAUCAUGGAGAUGUUUCAAGUAAUACAUGCAAGGAUGGAUACUCAACCCACAAUUGUUUCUGAGAUCGUCAAUCCAGUGAUUAAUCCUCAGCCAACCGUUACUACUUCAGCAACUUGGCCUCCCUUUUGUCUUCCUCGUGGUUUUGUGCCCCCUCCUCAAGGACAGUCUACUCAAUACACAGUUCCACUAACUACUGAAGUUAAUCAAGUGAUUCCCACUUUUGCACCCACUGUCGUGCACACUCGAGUUCAACCGUACUUCGAUGAUGAUCAACAAGUGUAUAAUAUGCCUGAUAUGUCUGAAGAAGGUAAUGAAAGACAUGAAAAGCUGAGAGAAAAUGUUGAAAAUGUUGAGAAAAGGCUGAGAGAAAUGGAAGGUGAUCAGGUCUUUGGGGUUGGUGCCAGAGAAAUGUGCCUCGUGUAUGGAUUGGUGAUCCCCGCAAAAUUCAAGACACCAAACUUUGAUCGAUAUGAAGGAGCUACUUGUCCCAAAAGUCAUGUCAUCGUGUACUAUAGAAAGAUGGCAGCUCACAUGGACAAUGACAAACUUAUGAUCCAUUGUUUCCAAGACAGAUUGAAAGGUGCCUCUUCCAAAUGGUACUUGACCCUUUAUCAAACUCGCGUUCGGUGCUUCCAAGAUCUAUUUGAUGCUUUCAUCAAAAAAUACAAGUACAACAUGGAUCUAGCUCCUGGUAGAAGGCAAUUGUUGAGAAUGUUCCAAAAAGAUUCUGAAUCUUUUAAGGAAUAUGCACAAAGGUGGAGAGAGACUGCAUCUCAAGUGGAACCUCCAUUAACUAAAAAAGAAUUGACAGAUUUGUUCGUCAACACAGUGCGACCAUAA